AUCGGCAUCAAGAAAAGUCUCUUCACUCGGGUUGUCCUGUCUUUAGACGUCCUCCGUCCUGCACCAUGGGUGACGCUCUGAUGGCCGAGUUCGGGAAGGCGGCUCCUUUCUUGAGGAAGUCGGACAGGGAGCGCCUGGAGGCUCAGACCAGAGCAUUUGACAUCAAGACCGAGUGUUUCGUAGUCGACGAUAAGGUCGAAUAUACAAAGGGACAGAUCCAGAGUAAAGACGGAGGGAUGGUGACGGUCAAGAAGGAGGAUGGAACAACAGUGACGGUAAAGGAGACGGAGGUUCACCCCCAGAACCCGCCCAAGUUCGAUAAAAUCGAAGACAUGGCGAUGUUCACGUUCCUCCACGAGCCCGCCGUGCUGUUCAACCUCAAAGAGCGCUACGCCGCCUGGAUGAUCUACACCUACUCCGGCCUCUUCUGCGUCACCGUCAACCCCUACAAGUGGCUUCCUGUCUACGACGCUGAGGUGGUGGGGGCCUACAGGGGCAAGAAGAGAAGCGAGGCGCCCCCUCAUAUCUUCUCCAUUUCAGAUAACGCCUACCAGUACAUGCUGACUGACCGGGAGAACCAGUCCGUCCUCAUCACCGGAGAAUCCGGAGCAGGGAAGACAGUGAACACCAAGAGAGUCAUCCAGUACUUCGCCAGCAUCGCAGCAGUUGGAGGCGCAGGCAAGAAAGACAGCAGCAAAGGGACGCUGGAGGAUCAGAUCAUCCAGGCCAACCCGGCGCUGGAGGCCUUCGGCAACGCCAAGACGCUGAGGAACGACAACUCCUCUCGCUUUGGAAAAUUCAUCCGAAUUCACUUCGGCCCGAGCGGCAAACUGUCGUCUGCCGACAUUGAGACGUACCUGCUGGAGAAGUCCCGCGUCACCUUUCAGCUCAAGGCAGAGAGGAACUACCACAUCUUCUACCAGAUCCUGUCCAAUCAGAAGCCGGAGCUGCUGGACAUGCUGCUGAUCACCAACAACCCCUACGACUACUCCUACAUCUCCCAAGGAGAGGUGACGGUCGCCUCCAUCAACGACUCAGAGGAGCUGAUGGCCACCGACAGCGCCUUUGACGUCCUCGGCUUUACUCUGGAGGAGAAGAUGGGCGUCUACAAACUGACCGGAGCCAUCAUGCAUUACGGGAACAUGAAGUUUAAACAGAAGCAGCGUGAGGAACAAGCCGAGCCAGACGGGACCGAGGCCGCUGAUAAAUCCGCCUACCUGAUGGGGCUGAACUCCGCUGACCUCAUCAAAGGGUUGUGUCAUCCCAGGGUCAAGGUGGGAAACGAAUACGUCACCAAAGGCCAAAGCGUGGACCAGGUGUACUACUCCAUCGGUGCUCUGGCGAAGUCAGUGUACGAGAAGAUGUUCAACUGGAUGGUGGUGAGAAUCAACCAGUCCCUGGACACGAAGCAGCAUCGCCAGUACUUCAUAGGAGUCCUCGACAUCGCUGGGUUUGAGAUAUUUGACUUCAACACCUUUGAGCAGCUGUGCAUCAACUACACCAACGAGAAACUGCAACAGUUUUUCAACCAUCACAUGUUUGUUCUGGAGCAAGAGGAGUACAAAAAAGAAGGGAUUGACUGGGAGUUCAUCGACUUCGGGAUGGACUUGCAGGCUUGCAUUGACCUGAUUGAGAAGCCUAUGGGGAUCCUGUCAAUUCUGGAGGAAGAAUGCAUGUUUCCCAAAGCGAGCGACCAGACCUUCAAGUCCAAGCUCUACGACAAUCAUCUGGGCAAGAACAAGAUGUUUGAGAAGCCCAGAGCAGCAAAGGGGAAAGCAGAGGCUCAUUUUGCCCUGGUUCACUAUGCUGGCACCGUGGACUACAACAUCGGGAACUGGCUGGUGAAGAACAAAGACCCUCUGAAUGAAACGGUGGUUGGCCUUUACCAGAAAUCCUCUCUAAAGCUUCUCAGUCUGCUUUUUUCAAGCUAUUCUGGAGACGGCGGAGACAAGGGAAGCGGCAAAGGAGCCAAAAAGAAAGGGUCCUCAUUCCAGACAGUGUCGGCUCUUCACAGGGAAAACCUGAACAAGCUGAUGACCAACCUGAAGACCACUCAUCCCCACUUUGUCCGCUGUCUGAUUCCUAAUGAGAAGAAAACUCCAGGAGUCAUGGACAACUGCCUCGUGAUGCACCAGCUCCGCUGUAACGGUGUCCUGGAGGGCAUCAGGAUCUGUAGGAAGGGUUUCCCAAACAGGGUGCUCUACGGUGACUUCAAGCAGCGCUACAGGAUCCUGAACGCCUCAGCCAUCCCAGAGGGUCAGUUCCUCGACUGCAAGAAAAGCGCAGAAAAGUUGCUUGGCUCGCUUGACAUCGACCACACUCAGUACAAGUUUGGACACACAAAAGUGUUCUUCAAGGCCGGGCUGCUGGGAACCCUAGAGGAGAUGCGAGAUGAGCAACUCUCUCGGAUCAUCACCAGGAUCCAGGCCAAUGCCCGGGCGUUGCUCAUGAGGGAACAGUUCGCUAAGCUAGUGGAACGUAGAGAUGCCCUGAUGGUCAUCCAGUGGAACCUCCGGUCUUUCCUGGGAGUGAAGAACUGGCCGUGGAUGAAGCUCUUCUUCAAGAUCAAACCUCUGCUGAAGAGCGCUGAGUCUGAGAAGGAAAUGGCCAACAUGAAGGAUGAGUUUAACAAGCUGAAGGAAGCUCUGGAGAAAUCUGAGACCAGGCGGAAGGAGCUGGAGGAGAAAAUCGUGACUCUUCUCCAAGAGAAGAACGAUCUGACUUUGCAGAUUCAGUCUGAACAGGACACACUGACGGACGCCGAGGAACGCUGCGAACAGCUGAUAAAGAGCAAGAUUCAGCUGGAGGCCAAACUGAAAGAGAUGACGGAGAGACUGGAGGACGAAGAGGAGCUCAACGCAGAUCUCACCGCAAAGAAACGAAAGCUGGAAGACGAAUGCUCUGAGCUGAAGAAAGACAUUGAUGACCUGGAGCUAACUUUAGCCAAGGUGGAGAAGGAGAAACAUGCUACUGAGAAUAAGGUGAAAAACCUGACAGAGGAGAUGGCUUCGCAGGAUGAAAACAUCAUGAAGCUGACCAAAGAGAAGAAGGCGUUGCAGGAGGCUCACCAGCAGACUUUGGAUGACCUGCAGAGCGAAGAGGACAAAGCCAACAGUUUGACCAAAGCUAAAGCGAAGCUGGAGCAACAGGUGGACGAUCUGGAGGGCUCACUGGAGCAGGAGAAGAAGGUCAGGAUGGACCUUGAGCGCUCGAAGAGAAAGCUGGAAGGAGACCUGAAACUAACCCAGGAGAGCUUGAUGGACUUGGAGAAUGACAAGCAGCAGCUGGAGGAAAGACUCAAGAAGAAAGACUUUGAGAUCAGCCAAAUAAGUUCAAAACUGGAAGACGAGCAGGUCGUUUCCGUUCAGCUCCAGAAAAAGCUGAAAGAAAACCAGGCGAGGAUCGAGGAGCUGGAGGAGGAGCUGGAUGCCGAGCGAGCCGUCCGGGCCAAAGUGGAGAAGCAGCGCUCGGAUCUUUCCCGUGAGCUGGAGGACAUCAGCGAACGUCUGGAGGAAGCCGGCGGAGCCACGUCGGCUCAGGUGGAGCUGAAUAAGAAAAGAGAUGCUGAGUUUCAGAAGCUGCGCAGGGAGCUGGAGGAGUCCACCCUCCAACACGAGGCCACCGCCGCCUCGCUGAGGAAGAAACAUGCCGACAGCGUGGCUGAGCUGGGAGAACAGAUCGACAACCUGCAGCGUGUGAAGCAGAAGCUGGAGAAAGAAAAGAGUGAGUUCAAGCUGGAGCUAGACGACUUGACUUCCAACAUGGAGCACGUGGUGAAGACCAAGGCGAACAUUGAGAAGAUAUGUCGAACAAUGGAGGACAACAUGAACGAGUACAAGAGUAAACAUGAGGAGGCUCAGAGGACCAUCAACGACCUGACCACCCAGAGGGCAAAGCUGCUGACUGAGAACGGCGAGUUUGGACGUCAGCUGGAGGAGAAGGAGUGUCUGAUUUCACAGCUGACCCGAGGGAAGACCUCCUACAACCAGCAGGUGGAAGAUCUCCGCCGGCAGCUGGAGGAGGAGGUCAAGGCCAAGAAUGCCCUCGCCCACGCUGUGCAAUCAGCUCGACAUGACUGCGACCUGCUCCGAGAGCAGUUUGAAGAAGAGCAGGAAGCCAAGGCCGAGCUGCAGAGAGCUCUGUCCAAAUCCAACACCGAGAUCUCGGCCUGGAGGACCAAGUAUGAAACGGAUGGGAUCCAGAGGACAGAGGAGCUGGAGGAGGCGAAGAAGAAGCUGGUUCAGAGGCUGCAGGAGGCAGAGGAGGCCAUCGAGGCCGUGAACGCAAAGUGUUCCUCCCUCGAGAAGACCAAACACCGACUCCAGAACGAGAUCGAAGACCUGAUGCUGGACCUGGAGAGAUCCAACGCGGCUUCAGCAGCACUGGACAAGAAACAAAGAAGCUUUGACAAAGUCUUGGCUGAGUGGAAGCAGAAGUUUGAGGAGUCGCAGUGUGAACUAGAGGCCUCCCAGAAGGAGGCUCGGUCCCUGAGCACUGAACUCUUCAAACUGAGGAACGCCUACGAGGAGUCUCUGGAUCAGCUCGAGACCAUGAAGAGAGAGAACAAGAACCUCCAGGAGGAAAUCUCCGACCUCACGGACCAGCUCGGAGAAGGCGGAAGGAGCGCCCACGAGCUGGAGAAGAUCCGGAAGCAGCUGGAACAAGAAAAGGCUGAACUCCAGUCGGCGCUGGAGGAGGCCGAGGGUUCCCUGGAGCACGAAGAGAGCAAGAUCCUCCGAGCUCAGCUGGAGUUCAACCAGGUGAAGGCCGACAUGGAGCGCAAGCUGACCGAGAAGGACGAGGAGAUGGAGCAGGCCAAGAGGAACUACCAGCGCAUGAUCGAGUCUCUUCAGUCCUCUCUGGAGUCUGAGACCAGGAGUCGAAACGAGGCCUUGAGAGUCAAGAAGAAGAUGGAGGGUGACCUGAAUGAGAUGGAGAUCCAGCUCAGCCAAGCCAACAGGCAAGCAGCCGAUGCCCAGAAACAACUCAAGAGCCUCCAGUCAUUUCUGAAGGACACUCAGCUGCAGCUGGACGACGCCCAACAUGGCAACGAUGACCUGAGGGAAAACAUCGGUCUGCUCGAACGCCGAAACAACCUGAUCCAGGCGGAGCUCGAGGAGCUGAGAGCCGCCCUGGAGCAGACGGAGAGAAGUCGGAAACUGGCUGAACAGGAGCUGACCGACGCCACUGAGCGGAUGCAACUGCUGCACUCCCAAAACACCAGCCUUAUCAACCAGAAGAAGAAGCAUGAGGCGGACCUCCUCCACCUGCAGAACGAGGCGGAGGAGGCCAUUCAAGAGAACCGCAAUGCUGAGGAGAAGGCUAAGAAGGCCAUCACAGAUGCAGCCAUGAUGGCCGAGGAGCUAAAGAAGGAGCAGGACACCAGCGCUCAUCUGGAGCGCAUGAAGAAGAACAUGGAGCAGACCAUCAAAGACCUGCAGCACCGCCUGGACGAGGCCGAGCAGAUCGCCAUGAAGGGAGGCAAAAAGCAGCUCCAGAAACUGGAGACUCGCAUCCGAGAGCUGGAGAACGAGCUGGAGGCAGAGCAGAGGAGGGGGGCGGAGUCCAUCAAAGGGGUUCGCAAGUACGAACGCCGGGUCAAAGAGCUCACCUACCAGACGGAGGAGGACCGCAAGAACAUGGCUCGCCUCCAGGACCUGGUGGACAAGCUGCAGCUGAAGGUCAAGUCCUACAAACACAUGGCGGAGGAGGCGGAGGAGGCGGCCAACACCAACAUGACCAAACUCCGUAAGCUGCAGCACGAGCUGGAGGAGGCCGAGGAGAGGGCCGACAUCGCAGAGUCCCAGGUCAACAAGCUGAGGGCCAAGACCCGGGACGGGUCCUCCAAGAAGGGCCUGGACGAGUGAGGACGUCCGGGACAAGCAGGGCUUUGAUGGAACCUGGAACCAGGACAACGAAUAAAUGAAUCUGACUCCAUCUGAGAAAAACUCAAACCUUCAUCUGUUAAGGCUCAAAUUGUUCUAAACUCAUCAUCAUCUUCAGCCAAUCAGAACCCAGCUGAUCCUGGUUCAGGGUGGUUCUUUAGUUUGUUUCUCUCUCCUCCUCCCCUGAUUGGAAGUCAGACGGAGCCUUCUGAUUGGCUGGUUCGGCCCCAGGUCAUCCACCCAGCGCCAACAUUAGAAGGGGUCCAGCUCCAGGAGUUUCCUGCUACAAAUAAUAAUAAUAAAUAAAAGUAUCUGAUAUUCCAAGGCUUGACAGAGUUUUAGUUUUAGAGCUGUGGACACAACACAACACAACACAACACAACACAACACAACACAACACAACACAACACAACACAACACAACACAAUGCAACACAACACAACACAACACAACACAACACAACACAACACAACACAAUGCAACACAACACAACACAGAGACCUGGAACUAAUGAGAAGCUUCUUUUUCUUUAGAGACGUCCAGUUGUUCAUUAAAUGGAAACUUUCAUAAUGUUCUUCUUCGAACUCAAACAAAGUUCAUUCAUGAAACUGGUUCUGAGUUUUUAUCUAUCUGGUCACGUGACCACAGAUUAUUUGAUUUCUUCUACAGUUUAAAUAAAGUUUAUUCAGCCUGA